AUGUCGAAUCCAACCCGGGCCAGCCCAAACGGCGACCCUCGCAAGUGCAAACUCUGUCAUGAGCGAGAUCGAUACUUCAAUGCUACUUUGAACGAGUGGCUUCCUUACUGCGAUCGCGAAUGCGCCCGACGGGCAUCGGAGUUAUACACGGUUGACCCUGCUGUACUCUGCGUGUGUUGUCUCCAACGUCCUAGGUUCGUCGACUACGAGACCGGUAUCGUCCACUCCUUCUGCAGUGACAACUGUGAACAAGGCUACAUGGAUGAUCACUCGGCCGUCCCAGCUGCUGAUGAUGUUUACGACGCCAUGAACGAAGCAGUAACGCCGCCAGGCGUCUUUACCGAGACGCCCAGCGGAUCAUCAUAUCCCGUCGCAGCCGGCCGUUCUCCUCAGACCAUCUACUUCUACGAUAAGAAUCAACCAUACUACUUCCUCACAAACUUCUCCCCGCACCCGGUUGAGUGGAAGGAGCGCAUAUACCCUACAGCCGAACACCUCUUCCAGGCUGUCAAGUUCAUACAUCAGUACCCCGACAUAGCCGAAGAGAUCCGGAUGUGCUCGCGAGCCAGUGAGGCGCUAGCUAAAGCGCGGCGGUAUCAAGACUAUAGACGCCCUGACUGGCUCAGCGCGGGGUUAACAUCCAAACUAUGA